UGUAGGUGGCACUUCUGGGCACAGGUGUGUGGCACUGCUGGGCACAGGUGGGUGCACUGCUGGGCACAGGUGGGCGGCACUGGUGGGUGGCACUGCUGGGCACCAAUCAUCGUGGCACUGAUCAUCAGUGCCCUGAUGAUCGUGCCCAGCAGUGCCGCCCAGCUGUGCCACCCAUCUAUGCCCAGCAGUGCUGCCCUCCUGUGCCCAUCAGUGCCACCCACCUGUGCCCAUCAGUGCCACCCACCUGUUACACUCAGCAGUGCCACCCACCUGUGCCCUGCAGUGCCACUCAUCAGU